GACGUCAGCUCCGAGCCGACGUCACACCAGUGCUGCCAGUCUGUCCGCUGGUGUGGUGACAGUGGAGCGCUGCGAGAACAAGGAAGUGGACCGAAUAUGGGCUGAUUUCAGGAGAGAUUCGGCCACGAUUCAGUCGAUCGGACGACUCGUUUAUACAAGUAUCGGGCCCCGCCUCCAGAGAUGAGCCACUGCAGUGGGACACUGCUUCGUCAUUCUACACUGGCUGGUCACAUCUGACCUCUGACCCUCACUCCCUCACAAUGGCAGCCGUUCCACCAGGAGUCCGCUUCCUGGUCACCUUCAACAAGGACCAAUGGUACAGAGCCUUCACCUUCAUCCUCACCUUCCUGCUCUACACCAGCUUCCACCUCUCCAGGAAGCCAAUCAGCAUCGUCAAGAGCGAGCUCCACAAGAACUGCUCGAUGGCGAGCGAGUUAGCCACAGCUAGUGGUGGCGGCGCUAGCCAGCUGCCCGCACUCAUCUCUCUGCACACGGACAUGGACUGCAGCUGGAAGCCCUUCGAUAAAAAUAACUAUAAACAGCUCCUGGGAGCCAUGGACUACUCCUUUUUGUUCGCCUACGCCAUCGGCAUGUACCUCAGCGGCAUCAUCGGGGAGCGCCUGCCCAUCCGGCUGUACCUGACGGUGGGCAUGCUGUGCAGCGGGCUGUUCACCUGCCUGUUCGGUCUGGGCUACAUCUACAACAUCCACAGCCUGGCCUUUUACGUCUCUGUCCAGGUGGCUAACGGCUUGGUGCAGACCACUGGCUGGCCCAGUGUGGUCACGUGCAUCAGCAACUGGUUCGGCAAGGGAAGGCGUGGGCUCGUCAUGGGCGUGUGGAACUCCCACACCUCAGUGGGGAACAUCCUGGGGUCCCUGAUCGCCGGCUCCUACGUGUCCUCCAACUGGGGCAUGUCCUUCAUCGUGCCCGGCAUCAUCAUCGCCGCAAUGGGCGUGGUCUGCUUCCUCUUCCUCAUCGAGCAUCCUAACGACUUGAAGACUAUGCAUGCCCAGAGCUCCUCGCCCGUCGGCAGGCAGACGGCAUGCACUGGAUGGAGCGGUGUGAAUGGACACAAGGAUAUGUAUCUUCAGUUCACACAGGGCAGUACAAAGACGUACGACCAUUACGAGAAUAGCGUUCUGUACAGGAAGGGCGGCGACGAGGAGCCCCUGCUGGACAGAGAGACCGCUGCCAGUGGGCGUGUCCCUCUGCAGCAAGUCGUCGUGGUGAAGAGUGAAUCAGAGCCCUCCGCCAUCAGCUUCAUGGGAGCCCUGCGCAUACCGGGAGUGAUCGAGUUCUCACUUAGUCUGCUGUUCGCUAAGCUGGUCAGCUACACCUUUCUCUUUUGGCUGCCCCUCUACAUCACCAAAGCAGCUCACCUGGAUGCUAAAAAGGCCGGGGAUCUCUCCACCCUGUUCGAUGUGGGAGGAAUCGUAGGUGGUAUCUUGGCAGGAGUAAUCUCUGACAAGUUGGGGAAGAGAGCCACCACCUGUGCAGUAAUGCUUCUAUUGGCUGCUCCGACACUCUACGGCUUCUCCAUGAUCAGCCAGUUUGGUCUGGGACCCACCGUGGCCAUGUUGUUGGUGUGCGGCGGGCUGGUGAACGGCCCAUAUGCCCUUAUCACCACGGCCGUAUCAGCUGACCUGGGGACCCACAAGAGCCUGAAGGGGAACGCCCGGGCCCUGUCCACCGUCACGGCCAUCAUCGAUGGGACCGGCUCCGUAGGCGCUGCGGUGGGCCCCCUGCUGGCCGGAGUGUUGUCUGCGGGCGGCUGGGAUCAGGUGUUCUACAUGCUGAUGACCGCUGACUUCCUGGCUCUGCUUUUUUUGCUUCGAUUGGUCAAAAAGGAGCUGACUUCGAGCAAGUCUCGCCCGAUUUCUACUGUAGAGUUGAAGGAGCACUGAGCACUUUGGCACACGCAGUGUGAGCAUUGAUACCACUCUGAACCGAUCCCGGUUGGGGACCAUGGACUCGCCUCCAUAUCUAGGGCAUUAUGGGAUGUAUAGCCUACGUGCACACGUGUACACACACAAUUUUGUGGGAUUUUCUCCUUGUGCCUUUUGUGCCUUUUGUAUCUUAGCUUUGUUUUUUACUGUUUCUAUUCAUUUUCCCUUCAUCGCCAUGUUAAUCUUUUUCCUCUUAUAAAGUUGUUUGAGUCUCUCUCUCUCUCUCUCUCUCUCUCUCUCUCUCUCUCUCUCUCUCUCUCUCUCUCUCUCUCUCUCUCUCUCUCUCUCUCUCUCUCUCUCUCUCUCUCUCUCUCUCUCUCUCUCUCUCUCUCUCUCUCUCUCUCUCUCUCUCUCUCUCUCUCUCUCUCUCUCUCUCUGUGUCUCUCUGUGUGUGUGUGUGUGUGUGUGUGUGUGUAUAACCUACUCUGAGUUAUAUGAAUGCAGUUUAAUCGCCAUCGUUGCCUUACUGAACUAAACCAAAGAGCUAAUACAAAUUGCAAUGUCACUUGCAAUGUCAUCCAAUCAGGAACUUGUUUUCAUUUUUGAAAGUGGAGUCUUUGAUGAUUGCUCUCAGCUGUCUAGUGUACGGUUUCUCAAUGAUAUUUGUCACAAUGGGCCAAUGUAUCUUUAUAUAUCAACUCUGGAGAAUGUUGAGCAUGUUCAAUGGAUUGGAUGGUGCAAUGGAUGAGAAGGUAUGCUGUGAUGUUAUAUAAUUAUAAAUAUUUAUAUUUAAAUAUAAAAUGCCUAUUUGCAGCAAAUGUUGAAGCAGAUGAUUAAAAAUAUAUAUCUAUUUAAACAUUUGCUACCAUUUGAAGAUUGAUUUACGGUUCAUACAGACUGACGGAUAGCGACAAAUUCACUUUUUGACUUUGCGAUCUAGAAUCAUUCUAGAUACAAGUUGAGCUCUAGUGGACUCCCAUGGUAUACAACACCAAUUCCAUACCUUCGGCAACAACAGCAAAUGUUUGUGGUUGUGUAUUUAAUAUGUAGACAUACGUGUAUCAGUAGUAGAGACCCUGUACUUGAAAAAUGUGUGCCUUUUUUAAUCGUUUGUCUAUUCCUGUGGGUGUUUUUAUUAACUGUUUUAGUUGUUAAAUUAGUGUUUUGUUAAGAUGUCCAAUUAAAACCGCAGUCUCGGUAAAAUAAAUAACUUUUUCUCUCUC